AGUUUGUGAAAGUAGUUGUUAAUAGUUACGUGAAGGUUUAAACAAACUUGAACUUGAUUUUUGAGUGCGAUGUGGAUAUACCAGAAAGUAGUAUGUAUACUAGUUUUAUCAGCAUAUGUGUCCUGUUAUCCUCCGAGUCACGAUGUUUAUGCACCAGCACAUGAAGAAUACAAAGAGACAGACUAUAGCUUCAGCUACGGAGUGAAUGAUCAACACACCGGAGACUUCAAACACCAGUGGGAAAAGAAAAAUGGCGACAAAGUAACCGGGCACUACUCUCUACUAGAACCAGACGGCUCUGUGAGAUCCGUAGACUACACCGCAGACAAGAAGCACGGUUUCAAUGCUGUAGUCAAGCACAGUGGUCCUUCACACCAUCCUCAACUAUCAAAAGAACAACCAAUCAGUCACUCAGAACUCAAUCUGAGACCCAAGGAGACACACUCGCUGGAAUAUUCUCAUGAGCCUCAAUAUGAGAUCAAAUAUGUUUAUCCAGAUGGCUCUGAAGCUGGAAAGGAAGCAGUAGAUGCUGCCAAGUAUCAGGAAGAACUAGCUGAACAGACCUAUCUCGCAGAACAAGAGAACAAUGGAAAAGAGAACUACGUUUUCUUUCCUCACGAGGAAAGUGCAGAAGAAUCGCAGCAAGCAUCAAUCAAAUCAGAAUACCGUUACCAGAAGCCCCAACUCACUCAUAAUGAUUUGAGUUCGCAAGUCACGACCAAAGCUGAAUACGAAAAACUGGCAGUUUCCUCCCUGCCAGUCGAUCUGAGUCUACUUAAAACGGAUUCUUCGGAGAAAUUAGUCCCAGUAGAUGUUAGUCUCAUCAAACCAAUAGAAGUAGAUGUAAAUGAAAACAAAUAUGACUAUAGACCCAAAUACACUGAACAUCGACAGCUUCAGCAGCAGCAGUAUCCCAUCAAAGAUGCCAAUAUUCAACCUUCCUAUGAGCUCUCUCAAGAGGAACUCAAUAAGUAUCUUGGAGAGUACUACAAAGCCAAAGAUUCUAUAAAUGAACCGCUUCUUGAAACAGGAUUCAAGCCGGUGAAAAGUAAACCUAAAGGAACUAAUUCACAACCUUUUAUUCCUGGAACUUUCAAAUCGAAUAAAAAACCAAUGACAACACCUGGUUUGAGUACAUAUUCUUCUUACCAACUUCCUCAGCGUCAAGCGAAUAAGAACAACUGGAAGUUACCAAAAGUGAAUCACUCUGGAAGACAAAGAGUGCCACCAAAGUUUCCAUAUCAGUACUUUUCCAACGGGGAUAAUCAUUUGAGGGACGGAUACAAAUCACAAAUUAAUAGAUUGUACAGAAAUGUUCAGAAUAGUGGUUAUGUCAGGUAUGCAAGGAAUAAUAAUUCUUAAUUUCUAAAAAGUAUUCUGAGUAUUUUGAACCAAUGUUUUGAUGAAACGCAUGUGCAAUAUCGAUAGUCUGAUUGUAGAGCGAGUAGUUAUUUAGCUUUGUUAUUGAAAGUUUGUUAUUUAUUGUUAUAUUUGCAUUUUUAUGUGUUCAUUGAAUGAAUUCAUCUGUUGAAAACGGAUGUGUCGUGUAUUAUAAAUAAUGGUUACACCUCUUUGGAACAUUUAUAUGAAAAUACGAAAUGUAACUAGGUGAAAGCCAAAAAAACGCAAUGUUUUCCUAUCUCUAAAAAAUAUACCCUAAAUUCUACUAUCCACAUUAUUACUUAUUGAAUUUUUGAGUUAUUACUAUUAUUAUUAUUUCAACGAAAAGUAUAUCCAAAGUAAACGAAAUUGAAUGGACCAUCACACUUCCAGAAAAAAAUCGUUGUCCUUAUCUCACAGUGAGUGUAUCUACCAUCGCCACCUUUUAGGAAUGUUCUACAGAGGACAGAAUAACUUCAGACGUUGCAUUCAUGACCCAGCCAGAUACCUCUGGUGGGAUCUAUGGCAUAUUGAAAUGCCAUAGAUGCCUGAUGGGUUCUGGUAUCAUUUAGUUGUCUGCUUGCAGAGAAAAUCAUAGAUGGAACGGAAAGUAUGUUGGUCCUUUGCUGAUUGGCAUUAGAUUAGUAGAAACCAGCAUAUUGGAGAGCAAGACUUGUUUCCUAUUGAGGAUAUCUUGUUAUCAUAAAAUUCCAAAACAUUUUUUUGGAACACUUUAAUCACCGUUUGACAUAUAAUACAAUUUUCAGCACAUCUUGAAGUCAUAAUUUGUCAUCUAAGUUCUAUAAAUCUCCAUUCUAUAUAGUGAAUUCAUAUUCUGUACAGUUGUUU